UACUGGGUCGUCUUCGUUUGGGGUUGUUUGAAUUGAUUUUUGAUUAUGGGAAGUGGGAAUUCGGUUGGGUUUUUGAUUUGCUAUCAUGGGCAGUCGUCAGUAUGCCAAUAGUCAGAUAAUUUUUUGUGUUAAUUGGAAAGAUUUGAUUUUGUAUUAAGCCCUGUGGUGACUUUUGGGUCCAGGAGUAAUUACAAUCCUUGUUGUCCAGAUACUAUGCUUAGCUUUGGUCCAAAAUAUUUGAGCUACCUACUUUAUGAAAUAUUGUUGCAUUUGGCACAGUGCAUUGUUCGGUACCGUAGAAAAAUGAAAAUGGAACAUCUUUGUUAGCACCUGUUUAAGCACAAUGCAAAGCCUAUAGUAACACCGUAUACCAGUAAAGCAAGAGAUUGUUGUGCUUUACUGUGAUAAUCGACGAAACUUUAUCGAAUUAUAUUAGGAGUAUGGAUGUAGACAUCAGUGUUGGCGGGUGUCUUUUGGUUGUUGCUGACUUUUGUUAGUGUAGGAAGCUGUUAGACACUGAACACCAUCUCUCGCUCUCUCUCUCUCUCUCUCUCUCGUAACAAAUUUUUCAAUGUAAAGCUUAAUUGAUGUUCUUUUGACUCGUUUUUGUUGCAGUUUGCUGCUAUGCUUUUCUUAUUAUGUUUGUAGUUUCUUCUUUGUUGUACUUUCCAGUUCUUUUCCCCUUGUAUUGCUCUGCUCGCUUUGAGUCUUUAAACAAAGUAUUAUUCAGACCAAAAAUGUAAAGCUUAAACAUCUUGGCAAUCAAAGGAAGAAUACAGAAUAAUAAUUAAUUUUUAGUGAAGGAUGUGCUCAAGAUUGUUAUUGACAUUUGAUUGCUACUGUAGCUAGAAUUGUGGGGAGACAUGGAGUCAGAGACUAUGGUCUGUACCACAGAUCAAUGUGUUGAACAAGAGCCACAGUACACACAUAUUGACCAGAAUGAAUUCUCACAGAGAAGGCACAACAAGCAGGAGGAGGAGGAGAUUCUCAUAUGUGAAUGCAAGUAUGAUGAAAAGGAUCUUGAAAGUGCAUGUGGAGAAAGGUGCUUGAAUGUGUUGACCAGCACAGAAUGCACUCCUGGAUAUUGCCCUUGUGGUGUCUAUUGUAAGAAUCAGAAUUCAGACAUGGUUAAGGAAGAAAGGCCACAAAUUACAAGGAGAGCAACCAGAUCCUCUGCUUUGGCUAAAAGUGUAGUUGAAGAAACAGAUACAAGCAGUCAGCACCCAAAUGAUGCUUCUGCGAGUUCAGACAUUAUUAAAGAAGAAAGCCCACAAAUUACAAGGAGAACAACCCGAUCCUCCGUUUUGGCCAAAUGUUCAAACAAUGUAGUUGAAGAAACAGACGCAAAUAGUCAGCAGCAACCGACUUUAGAUGACCUUGUGAUUGGAGAAGAAGGAGAGUCCUUCAGCUUCGAUGAUCUGGUGUCUAGUUUUCCUGGUAGAGAAAGUCAGAUCAAAGAGCUUGUGCACCUUUUGGGUCCGCAGAACUCUCCCAUGCUUCCUAUAUUUAUAUAUGGAGGCUCUUCCACUGGAAAAACCAGUAUUGUUCUACAAACAUUUAGGCAUCUUAAACGACCUUUUGUUUACUCAAGCUGCCUUACCUGUUAUAAUCCUCGAAUCUUGUUUGAAUCCAUAUUAAAUCAAUUGUUCCUUCACCGAAAGAAAGCAGAAAAUGGUUAUUCUAGUGCAAAGCGCUGUGAAAGGCCAUCUGAUUUUGUGAAUUUUCUUCGCGAAGCCUUGGUUAGCAUUGUUGGUAAUCCUCAGGGACAAAAGUCAGGAUUGAGUAGCAAAAGGUCAGGAAAGGCUAAUGGAAAUAUGAUCUACUUCAUUUUUGACAAUUUGGAGCGUGUCAAAGGGUGGGAUAAAGGUUCUACUGUGUUACCUUUGUUGUUUAAUCUCUAUGACACUCUGAAAAUGCCCGAGGUCGGUCUUAUCUUCAUCAGCAAUACCUCACCGGAUACAUACGACUCAAAUAUGGGUUAUGUUGAGCCUAACCCUCUAUAUCUUCCUGAUUAUACAGAUGAUGAUCUUGGUCAAAUCUUAAUGAGACACCAAGCAAACAAAAAGCUUUAUACCUCUUUUCUCAGUGUUGUACUAAGGCCUUUCAGUAGAAUUACCAGACUAGUGGAUGAAUUGUCUAGUGCAUUUUCAGUAUUAUUCAGAAAAUAUUGUGAACCUAUUACUGAUCUUGGGGUUGUUCCCAAUGAAGAAAUGAAGAGAAAGUUGUUUAGUCAAUUUCAUCCCCAUAUUGCUCCUGCACUGAAUGAGAUAUUUAAGGUUUCAACUCAGCCUUCCACUGAAGUUGAAGCUAGGGAGAGAAAGCCAAAGGUUAGCACAAGGAAAUCCGGAGGUUAUGAAGUUGUUGACCAGUUAGAUUUUCACAUGUCUACCUCUGCCAAGUAUCUUCUAAUUUCAGCAUUCCUUGCUUCAAGAAAUCCAGCUACCCUUGAUGCAUCAUUGUUCGAUUCUACUGGAGGUUCUAAUAAUCGAAAACGAAAGAGGAAGGUCUCUGAGAAGUCAAUGGAACAGAAGGAAACUGCAGAACAGGAAUUACUCAUGAAGGGCCCCGGAACAUUCCCAAUGGAGAGGUUACUAGCCAUAUUCCAGUGUAUUACAUCUGUGGCGGAAGAUCCACUUGAUGAUGAGGAACAAGCGCAGGAUGGGCUAGGGAUUCAAGAUGGACAUUGUGGGCUCAUGUCUGAUGUCCUCUUACAAUUGACUAGUCUCUGUGGUGCAAAUUUUAUUGUCAAAGGAGGAAGCUGCCCACUCGAGGGCUCAACUCGCUAUCGUUCUACAGUUAGUGAAGAUAUGGCCCUGCAGGUAGCAAGGAGCAUUAAGUUUCCUCUCUCAAAGUACUUGUACAGAAGAUGAUUGCUUAAGGGCAAUGGUAUCUGCAACAUUGUCGUCAACUUACUUUCAAGGAUGAAAUAGAAGGGUCAGAUUGUGGAAAGCCUUGAAGGAGCUUAAUCAUAUGAUUCAGCACCAAAUUACUCUAUGGGAGUCGGGGCUGAGAAGAGAAGGGACUGUUUUUGACCACAGAACUAUUCAAUAUGUUCUUGCAAUUUUAGAGACCAGAGUAUGAAAUGGGAGGAAAACAUCAGUCCAUUAUUUUUCUCAUGCAAUGUGCUCAAUGAGAAGAUGAGAAAAAACUAAAAUAAGAUGUAGUUUAAUUCCUUAAGCACAAAACUGUCGGUGUGUAUAAAUUUUGGAUAUAGGCAUGCAUGGUCAAAAGUUUUCUUGAUUUCUUAUUACAAAUUCAUUCUCGUUGUCA